AUGGUACUUGUUUGUAUAAUGACACUCGGUUUUAGUACAGUACCGGCCUUCCAGCGCAAGCUGAGUAAGUGUGAGCUUCUAGAGUUCCUUGAACACUCAGACCAUCAAUAUGCUGAAGAAGCCAGGACUAAACUAGGCGACCCUGAUUGUUCGGAAUCUGUCUACAAAGACAAUAACGAUUUAGUAGACGACAAUCUGUCAUGGGAACAGACUCAUGAAAUUUAUGUUGAUGGGGAACUAACAACACAUAGAACAAACGUGACGCUACCGUCAAAGAGGGUACCGUACUUCGUAUUUGACGUUCUGGAGAUGAUUACAGCCGCUUUCUUCACCACAGAUUUGUUACUCCGAUUGGGCACGUGUCCUUCCCUUAUAAUUUUCAUUCAAUCAAUAACAAAUCUUAUUGACAUCUUAGCAGUUGCAGGUUUUUAUGUCCAUCUCACUGUGAUCAAUUUUGAAAGGGAGCACAGAUAUAACAUCAGUUGGAUACGAUUCAUUAACUAUCUACAAAUUUUCCGGGUAAUGAGGCUAUUCCGUAUUGUGAGGAAUGUACGUGCCAGCCGUGUACUUACAUUCUCUAUUCGUCAAAAUGGACGGGAUAUGACAUUGCUUGUGUUACUGGUUAUGAUUGGGGUUAGUACGGCGGCUUGUUUGAUUUACUUUAUAGAGGACAGAGAAACUAUAGACUCUAUACCUGAGGCCUGGUACUGGGCAAUAAUAACCCUAACAACAGUAGGGUAUGGUGAUAUUGCAAUAAAACUGGAGCCGGUCGUCUUGUUGCAGCAAUUUUGGCAAUAUAUGCAGUUAUAUUCCUGGCAAUAA